CAUCAACAGCGAUGAAUUCAAUCGACUAACAUGAUGCUUCGAACCGACCAUGCGAAGGAUCUAGUGCCACUUUUCCUGGCGUGGAAAUCAUUCUUGACUUUCCUUGCAAUUGUCUGUCCAACGCCCGGAUAUGACACCUCAGGGUACAUACUCCUUAAUGAAGAUGCUCAACAGCCUACCAACUCGUCUGUGAUAUCUUUCAUUGAUCGACUUUCCCUCAAUCUCUUUCGUUGGGAUGCUAUCUACUUCGUCAAGGCCGCCCAGAGAGGCUACGAGUACGAGCAAGAAUGGGCUUUCAGUUGGGCUUACUCCCAAUUGCUAAGAGUUAUUGGAAACUUCAUUCCAGGCUAUCCAGAUGCUCCUGUACGGAAGUACGUGUUGGCCGGAUUUGCCGUGUCAAAUAUCUGCCACUUGCUCUCUGUGCUUGUUUUAUAUCGUCUACUUUCUCUCAUCCUGGCGCCAUACCAGAACCGCAAAGUUCCAUUCAUUGCAAGCUGCCUUCAUAUCAUCUCUCCCGCCAGCAUGUUCCUGAUCGCCCCUUACGCUGAGGCACUCUUCUCUCUCUUAAACUUCACAGGGAUGCUUCUCUACGUUCUCGCAAGAAACAUUACCUCAACCAAUGGAAUGGCUACUGCACACCGGGAUGUAACCUUGGUGGGCUCAGGCUUGAUCUUCGCAGUAGCAACUCUAAUCCGGAGCAACGGCUUAUUGAGCGGCUUGAUAUUCUUGUAUGAUGUCGUACUUGCACUUCCAGACAUCCUCACCUUCAGGUUGAACAAACAGGACGCUCACCGGCUGUUUGUGACAUGCAUCGCUGGCGCAGUCCUCCCAUUCGGACUCAUACUUCCCCAGUAUCUUGCAUAUUCCGAAUACUGCGUAGACAAGACUGGCGAUGGAAAUGUCAGGCCAUGGUGCAAGAAGGCUCUGCCUAGCAUCUAUUCGUGGGUUCAGGAACGGUAUUGGCAUGUCGGCUUCUUGAAAUACUGGACUCUUCCAAACUUGCCACUAUUCCUGAUGGCUGCGCCAAUGCUCUGGCUUAUGAUCAAGACCAGUGUAACUGUAAUGGCAUCUGGUCAUGGUCAUGAUCAGCUGAAGUCUAAUGGGAAGGCUCAAACAAAGGAGGACUCGCCACCAAAUGAUUCUUCGACAGCCAUAUGUCACUUUCCGCAACUGGCAUUACCCCAACUGUCACUUGCACUUCUUGCGACUACGAAUUUCCACGUCCAGAUCGUCAAUCGGAUUUCUUCCGGCUAUCCGAUCUGGUACUUAAUCAUAGCUACGUGGAUAGCUCAGACAGCAUCCUCUUCGGCGAAAGAGCAGACGAGCAUGAAACCUCAGUGGGCAGUGCGAUUCAUGGUCUUGUACGGAAUUGUACAGGGUGCUUUGUUCGCGAAUUUUCUUCCCCCGGCCUGAAUCUGGCAGCGACUGAAGCCAUAAAUUCGAAAAGUACUUCCAAAAGCCGCGAGGCGCCAAAAUUGUAACAUUAACCUUUGUAACGAUACCAUAUCAUACAUUGCAUUUUCCUGUUCGCUCUGUGAGGCACAACCAGCCACCACCUUCACGAGCUCAUAUCCUAGCUAGGAAUAGUACAUGUACUGUGUACUCUUUAGUAGUCGCUGCAAGUGCACAGAACUACCCACCACGUUUGCUGGAAAUAAUUACCCUAGUCAAUCACAGUUAAGAACAUCUCAAUUUUCU